AUGAUCGAGGCAACGACAUUGAACGGGAUUGCAAGGCAGGCUUUUCGAGCAGGGAAUAGGAGUGGCUCGUCACCUGGCCAGGCAGUUGCAAAGACCAAAGGUCCCCGGGAGCAGAUUUGUUGGCUGAAGGAUGAAGGAAAUAUUCCGCUGUCACUCGGCCGGUGGUUCUCUAUUUACCUCUGCGAACUCCGCGAAUACACUUUCCAUCCACAUCGCCGAGAGGGGUUUGGACACAAUUACGAAUCUCAAGUGAGCGCCUUUCAGCCAGAGCUAAUCGGGGCCGAUAUCCGGGAGCCCAAGCAACCAAACACCGAGGCUAGGCUCUGCUUUACCAAUUAG